CUCCCUCCCUCCCUCCCUCCCCCUCCCUCUGCUCUCUAUACAGCAUCAGCACCUCCAAACCGUUCAAGGCGACCCGCUGCUGGAAGAGGAUGCUCUCCGCUCCUUUAUGAUCCACAGCCUAACGAUGAGGCGGCUAACCGAAGGGCUGAUGGUCAGAGUGAUGAAGACCCCGAUUUUGUCUGUCGAGGGCGCCGCGUGAACUUCGGCCAAAUCCAAGGAAAGCCGAGCGAACAAAAGCUAUCCCAGCCCUCCUCUGACGCACCUGGCUGCCCUGUCGCCACCUGACAUGACAGCGCAGAGCCGGGAGCAGGGCAGCAGGAUCAAGGGGCACCGACAGCCGGACGUGCGGACUCGACCAGGACCGGGGGACGCUCGGCGGAGCGGAAGCAGCAGGCCAGGGGAGGCCGGAUUGCAGUUUCUGGGGACGAGCGCCAAGGGCAGUGCGGCAGUCAGCAGACAGAUCGGGGGGAGGAGGCUGCGGAGAUCUGAUAUAUAUUCUCCCCCGAAACCACUCUUCACACCAUCCUGAAAAUAUGAUAGUGGAUGUUUGUGUGCUUGAUCUAUGGUGACUGUGGCACUCCCCCAAUCAUCCUCUCCACUCUUCCUUCCCAACCAAUCACUGAUGAUGUGCAAUUAAAAGCUUAGAUCUGCUCUCCAGGCACGGGUGGAGCCCUGAGGGGGGACUGAUGAGCAUACUGGCCAGGCAUCACUUGGUCCCUCCUUCACUGUCUUUGCUCCUUUUGGUUGUUGCCUGCACUAUGGGCUGCCUUCAAAGCAUUGCCUGCAAGCCCCGCAUCAGGCGGGAGAACAUCGUGGUGUAUGAGGUAUCUGCCUCUAUUGACCAGUGUCCUACCAUCAUAGAGGAGAACUCACCGAUUGUGCUCCGUUAUAAGACGCCGUACUUCAGGGCCUCAGCAGGAGUUGUGAUGCCCCCCGUGCCCCGCAAUGAAACCUGGGUGGUGGGCUGGAUCCAAGCCUGUACCCAGAUGGAGUUCUACAACACCUAUGGCGAUAUUGGCAUGUCUAGCUGGGAGCUACCAGAGCUACGAGAGGGUCGGGUGAAGGCCAUCAGUGACUCGGAUGGCGUCAGCUACCCUUGGUAUGGCAACACCACAGAGACGGUGACCCUGACUGGCCCAACGUCCAAACCAUCUCGACUGACGGUCAGCAUGAACGACAACUUCUAUCCCAGCGUGACUUGGGCAGUCCCCAUCAGCAACAGUAACACCCCUAUGCUGACCCACAUCACUCGGGACCAGAGCUUCAUCACCUGGCUGGUGGCCAUGAACUCUGUCACCAAGGAGCGCAUUGUGCUGCAGACUGUGCGGUGGAGGAUGCGGGUCGACAUCGCUGUGGAUCCAGACAUGCCCCUUGGCUCCCGGGCUUCACUUGUCGGUCGACCCUACCAGGAGCAGCCGCACAUCCUCAACUACCAGGAGCCGAUCCCUCCUAACGCACUGGGAAGGCCGAAUGCCAACGACGCCCAAGUGCUGAUGUGGAGGCCACGAAGAGGGGCACCGCUUGUGGUCAUACCACCAAAAUAGGAGGAGUAAAAUCCCUGCACAGCAAAAGUAUAGGUGUUCCCUUUUAGAAGAAAAAAAUAGAGGAUGGAGCAGUAACAGUGCCAGCUCCUUUCCUUGCGGCUCCUGAUCUCUAAAGGAUUGAAGUGGACUGUUACCAUAAGCCAAAGUGGAUGUUACAUCUUGAAAAUGACACAGCAGUCAACACCCCCGCCCCCCCACACGCACAUUGUCCUAGAGGACCCAUCAAGGCUUGUCUGACCCCUGGAUAAGCUUUGAACUGCAUAUUUAGCUCUGCCUGCAUUUUAGCUAUGUGCAAACCCAGUUUUUAGAUGUACCACAGAGGUAUUAGCCAACAACAAGAACUGCAUCCCGCAUCCUUAUGUAGACCUUAUUGCAUGAGAGUGAGGAGACUGAAAAAACAACAAAAAAUCUGUUCUUAUAGAAGUUUAAGAACAACGUUUGUUUUGUAUAACUUGAUACCUGGUGACAUUUUGAUUGAAAAGUCAGCCAAAUAUGAUGCAGGCUGGUUUGACCUCGGUGCCAACAAAGGCCUUCAGCACACCCAGUACUGCUAUUAAAGGAUGUAUUCAGAUCAGUUCAAGGAAUUUAAGUAUUAUAUGAGUCUUUUUAGGUUUAAGAUAAAAGCCCAUUUAUCCAUCAGAUUGUAUUAAGAGCACCCAUGUGAAAGGAAAACACUACAGCUACUGUUUUCACAGGAGUCCUACCAGUACACCAAACAUUUGGAAUAUUUUCACCUCUUUUGUGCAGCUGAUGUACUGUAUUUCAAUGGGUGUCAGAUAACUACAAAAAAUGAGCUGGAUCUCUUGAUGCAUUAAAUAAAAAAAAAAAAAUACCAGACCACCUUACAUUAAGUACAGUGUAAAUUAUUUGGAAUACUGCCAUAUGGCACACUGACAUUUACUGUAGCUGGAGGUUUCUACAAAACCAGUGUGGCACUAAUAAAGUUAUGUAACAGAGGUU